AUGGCAUACCUCGGCAAAGAAACCCAAAUUACGCAGGCAGGACAAGCCAUCAUUCUGAACACAGAAGCUAUUUCGCAAUUAAGCGCAACUAUCAGAAAUGGCCUGGGCCCAAAUGGAGCAGUGAAGCUACUAAUUACUCCGGCCGGAGAGAUACGCCUAGUCAAGGACGGGCUAAACCUUUUAAAAAAUAUCCAGCUGGCGCAGCCUGGAGCAGUUCUUCUGUCAAAAAUGGUGUCUCAGCAGGGAGAGGAGUAUGGAGACGGUGUGACUGCAGCAGUGAUUCUCUCUGCGUCUAUGCUGUCCAAGGCGCUUGAGUAUAUAUACGAAGGGGUCCACCCGCAGGUGCUUAUCUCAGGCCUGGUCAAGAGAGAAAAGUUCAUUCUGGAGACGCUAGACAGCCUAAAGGUUCCAAUUGAAGACAGCAAAGACACAAUUUACAAGCUAGCACACACUGCGCUGCGAACAAAGUUUUCGCCAAAGCAGGCUGCAAAGUACUCUGAGAUUAUUGUCUCUGCAGCAGAAACCGUUAGAUUCCAGAACAAGACAGAUCUAAAGAUGCUGGAAAUUGUAAAGAUGGCGGAUAUAGAUGCAGUAGAGCCGCUUCGAAUUGUGCGAGGGCUUGUUAUGGACCAUGGAGGAAGGCACCCAAUGAUGCCCAAGAGGCUGCAGAAUGUAUUUAUCCUAUGCACCAACAUUUCCUUUGAGUAUGAAAAGCCAGAGCACAAUGCACAGUUCUACUACAGAAGAACAGAGGACAAGCUUAAAAUGGAGGAGGGAGAAAGGCGCAUUAUUAUGCAGCGGAUCCAAAAGGUUUUGGAGGUAAUCCAGAAAGUUGCAAUUGCAAACCAGCAGCAGAACCCACAGUUUAUGAUUAUAACACAGAAAGGAAUAGAUCAGCAUGCGCUCGAGAUAUUUGCUAAGUACAACAUAUUGGCGCUAAGAAGAGCAAAAAGAAAGAACAUGGAAAGGCUGCAGCUUCUUACAGGGUGCACUCCUGUUGCAAGCAUCCAGGAGCUGAACGAAAAUGUUUUCGGGUUCGCAGGGCUUGUGCGAGAGGUUUCUAUUGGAGACGACAAGUUUACCUUUGUUGAGAAAACCCCCUUCAACAAAACAUGCACUCUUUUGGUGCAGGGAAUUUCGCCAUACCAGAUGGAGUAUCUGGAAAGUGCUGUCAAGUCGGCUCUAAAGUCCAUCUCCUGCGGUCUGUCUGACGGGUUUGUCCUUCCAGGUGGGUCCUCAACGUAUUAUAAGCUUGCAGAAGCGCUGGACUCAAACAACACAACAACAGAAGAUUUUACCUCAUAUGGUGUGUGGAAGGCCGCUCUUAUGUCAGUUCCAAAGACGCUCAUAAAGAACUUGGGAUACAACUCAGUAGAAAUACUUUCAAAGAUCAAGUCAUCAGAGGCUGAGAAUGCCACAAUUAAUAUUUCAACUGGUGAGAUAGGAAAUGCGCUGGACAUGGACAUAAUAGACAACUAUGCUAUUCUUAGAAAUACGAUUCAGUCUGCUGUUAUUGUAUCCACCAAAAUUCUAAUGAUUGAUGAAAUAAUUAAGAGCGGAAAAGAAGUGAAAUAA